UGCACUGCGAAUAAACAUGGCCGAAUCUUGCCUCGGUGUGUUAUCCAAACGAGAAUGAAUGUGCUGUUUCCGUGCCAUAUCAGCUCACAUUCCUUAAAGACACUCCACCAUCCCGGCCUGUGAAGUUACUCUGACACGUUAUGUUCUUGUAACUGCGCCGCGAGGAGCCAACGAGUCCCUGCGUGUAUUUCCGGAGAAUCUUCGUGUGAGAGCUGACCUGAGCCAAGAUGGCAGGAGUUGUAGCCAAACGCGAGGGGCCCCAGUUCAUCAGCGAAGUGUCUGUGAGGGGCAACGCCGCCGUGCUGGACUACUGCCGCACCUCCUUGUCCGCUCUGUCCGGAGCAACAGCCGGCAUCCUCGGGCUGACUGGACUUUACGGCUUCAUUUUCUAUUUAAUCUCUGCUUUCCUCCUCUCCGUGCUGCUUAUUCUCAAGGCCGGACGGCGGUGGAACAAAUGCUUUAAAUCGCGGCGGCUGCUCUUCACCGGGGGCCUUGUCGGAGGUCUUUUCACUUACGUCCUGUUCUGGACUUUCCUCUACGGAAUGGUGCAUGUGUACUAGAAUGAUUUACGAAGAAUAACCUUAAAUCAGCCCUAACAAUAUUGUCUACCCUGCUGUUUGUAGAGACUACAUUAGUAAAAGACUACAUCCAUUUGUAACUGUUAAAUUAAUCAGAGGAUGUGUCUAUAAUUAUAGAAUUCAAAAUGAACUGUUCUUAUCUUUCCUGUGCCACACUUAGCAGUGACUAUGACUUGUUUCAACCUGUAACUCCUGCUCUGUGUUCUGUGUCAUCCAUACCAGAAUAAAAGCCUGGUUAUAAUAAUGUAGAUUAGUGUAAAAUAGAUUAAAACUGAUUACAUUCAAGAUGUAAGCACUAUUCUUUACAUUUCAUGUACAAUAUCAGUUAAAUUAUAACAUUUCUGAUUGGAAUAAAUAACUGCAACUUG